AUUGGUUAAUGGUUACGCGACAAACAUAUAAAGAUAACACACCGUAUACAUAGUUAGAUGGAGUACUAUUUCGUCGUACAAAUAAAUGACACGCAAUAGUGAAGAACCAAUAAAAAACGAGGCGCAAAUACGUGUUUUUUUAUAAAUUAAGUGGUCAAACACAAAAACAUUUCCUCGUAUAUCAUUUGUAACGGUUUGCAAAACAGUGUUGUGUCUUAGCAGUGCGUGAUAACGUGAAAAUCGAAUGUUUUGAUGUCGCGAGGCAUGACCACGGCAUGACUUCCAUGCCCUGCGUACCUACGGAAGGGCGUGCGGUGCGAAUUACGUUUACUAUGAAUGAUUUUAUCUCUUUCUAAACUCGAGUGUCUGUGAAUGACCGAGUGUAACAGCGAGCGUACCAAAUUAUGGAUUGAAAUAGUGUUUGUUGUUGAUGUAUUAUGAUUAUUUAGCAAAGAUAAGAUUUUUAACAUUAGUGUUAUCGUGUUAGUGAGGAAUCGCCGCGGCUCUGCCCACGGAAUAAAUUCAUAAGGUACUACGUCGGAUUCGUUACGCCGUUCGAUUUAUCAUAACGAGGUACUAUUUACGCACUAUAUGGUGAUUAUUAUAAGUAUUUUUAGUCGUGGCGCGUGUCCGCCGACGGUGUUUUACUAUUCGUCGUUUAUUAGGGUGACUUUCAUCAUUGGUGUAAACAACUUCAAGGUUAUCGGUUGGCAUGUGCCAGAGUCGUUAGGUGCGGGACUGGGAUGCAGGAGUGAUGUCGGCGGCGGGAGGAGGGGGCGCGGGCGCCGUGGUGCGCCAAGGGCAACUGCGGAAGCUCAAGACGAUGAAGAAGAAGUUCUUCGUGCUGCGCGCGGAGACCCCAGAAUGUUCCGCGAGGCUGGAGUACUAUGAGUCGGAGAAGAAGUUCCGCGCAGGAGUGGCGCCGCGGCGCGUGCUGCCGCUGAAGAGCUGCUACAACAUCAUGCGGCGGCUGGACCUGAAGCAGAAGCACGUGAUCGCGCUGUUCACCCGCGAAGAGCAGUUCUGCGUGGUGGCGGACAACGAGCAGGAGCUGCACGCGUGGCUCACCGCCAUCCUCAAGCAGCACCGCAGCGACGACGCCAGCGACGAGCUGCUGCACCCCAUACAACACGUAUGGCAAGUAAACGUGCAGAAGAAAGGCCUGGGUGCCACCAAGAACAUCCAGGGUCUUUACAACCUCUGCCUCACAGACAAGACGCUGACGCUGGUGAAGAUCAAGAGUCACAACAAUGUCAUCAGCGAUCUUGGUCUACUGGAGCGCGUUGAGUACUCCUUGAAGAACAUUCGGAGAUGUGGCGAUUCCGAGCGUUUCUUCUACAUGGAGGUGGGACGGCAGACAACCACGGGAGCAGGCGAGCUAUGGAUGCACACCGAUGACUCCAACAUCGCGCAGAGCAUGCACUCCACUAUAUACCAUGCGAUGCGCGACUGUGCCAAGGAAACAGAGAAUGAGCGCGACCACAUCGUGCUGCCGAAGGGGCCGGACAACGCGCUGCCCGCGCGCAGGCAGUCCUACUCCGACGGCCGCGGCCGCGCCGGACUCACUAACGACAAGGGCCUGUGCGUGGGCUCGUGCAUUAGACAGUGCGCCUGCGCCAGCGCCUCCUACAGCAUCGACGAGCCGCCGCCGCCGCCCGCUCCCGCCGACACCCAGAAUAACACACUAACUGAUAAAACAGACAACCCGGUAAGGGUGAUCAAACACCACCGAACAGAGUCCUUGCCCGGGUACCCUCUAUUCCAAGAGCCCUUGAAGAUAUCUCACGGGAGGACGAGGUCUGAGCCCCUGACGGGGGAGGAGGUAGAUCGCGUGCUGGUAGAGAAGGGCGUGACGCACUCGUCGUGCAAAGCGAUCAAUGGGACGGACGCGGCGGCGAAGAAGACGCAAUGGUCGCGGCGAGCCAGCACGGGGACGCGGUUACAUAAACUGUCGCCGGCUCAUACUAAGAACGCGGAAACGCUGCGUAACCGCUGCGUUAGUAUGCCGUCGCGAGCCAGCUCCUCGUUUGAGGUGGACAGAGCUCCGCCCAGAUAUACUGAUCUUGACGGUUUGGAGGUGUCCCGGGACGAAGCCGACGCGGUGUCGGACUGGUACCGGACGCCGGCGCGUAUUCCUGAGGAACCUGAUUGUUGCGACAUAUCUAGAGAUUUUAUGAGUUCAUCGCUAGCGGGCGGCGGAUCAGUAGCGCACUCCCGUACUUCAUCAGUAGGGGAAGCAGGCGGCUACCUGCCCAUGGCGCCGGCCGGCCUGGUCUCCGCGUCAUCAGGCUCGCUGUGCUCCGGCACGCCCUCCACCGACCCGCGCUUCAGUGAAUACCAGCUUGAACCGGCUACUUCCCACAUCGGCCUCGAGCGGCCGCCUCGUGCUUACAGCGUGGGGUCUCGGCCAACGCCCUCGCAGGCCGAGACCCGCCACCGCGCCUACAGUGUGGGGGCCCGCGCCAGGCCCCCGCGGCACCCGCACGCGAGGCCCACCAAUACUGAUGAUCACAUGGAGAUUGAUUUCUCUAAUAAUUCGCCGGCUAAUCGGGUGAUGUCCCGCACGCCACCAACGGCUUGCUUCGUGGAGCCCCGGCCGAAGACCAACGUGGACGAGUACGUGGACAUGUCGCCGCGCAACGCCGGCUACGUGGAGAUGCGGCCCGGCGAGCGGCCCCGCUCCCCGCCCACCCCCGCGCCCGCCCCCGCACCCGCCCCGCCCACGCCCGACGGCUACGUAGAGAUGAACUACGGCCGCGCGGCUACCAGGCCCAUAGCAAUAGGGUCGGCGCGGCCCCCACCUCCACUAGCCGCGUCGCCGGACGAGAGGCGGCGGCCACGCGACCCACGUACCCCGCACGGCUCGCAGACAUUGUUUGACAUGUCGCUAGACUCGCCCGCGUCGCCACAGGAUAUAGACACGACUGAGGCACUCGAAGAAGAUCCUCCCCAUCACCCGCUGACGACGGUGCGGGAGAUCUCUGAGGACGGGCGGCGCAGCCCCGAGCCGGUGGUGCCGCGCCGCAGCCCCGAGGUGUCGGUGUCGCCGCAGUACGUGACGCUGGCGCUGACGGCGCCGCCUAAGACGCCCGAGCCCUGCGGCGACGAGCUGUCCUGCAACCCCACCGCCAACAAGACUAUCGCCAGGGUGCCUGACCCUGCCGACAUACGAGCGUCGGAUCCGGCUGGCGCGGCGGCUGCGGGCGGCGCGACGCUGGUGGUGGCGGGCGGCGGCGGCGCGGCGCGCUGGGCGGGGCUGCACUACGCGGCGCUGGACCUGGAGCCGCGCCGCGCCGCCGCCGCGCCCGCGCCGCGCGCCUACACGCAGAUCGACUUCCUGCGCAGCGAGAAGCUGCACGCCGCCGACGCCACCUAGUGCCGGCGCCGCCUGUCCAACUCUCAAAAUCAUGCAUCAGACUGAUUCUUUUGUCGCGGUUUUCACGCAUUGCAUCGAUAAGUCGAGUUACAAAAAUUAAAUAAGCCAUUUUAUUUUACAAACCAAAAACUAAAUUCACCUUGAACUUUUAAAUAGAUUUUUUUCAAUUUAACCUAACCAAAUCCAAAAUAUUUCGUGACCGUUUUAUCCAAUAAAAUUUUCAAUUUUCAAGAUUAGUGUUCGACUUAUCAAUACAAAGCUAGGCACGCUGUGCGUUAUAGAUGCAGUGUUGAUGGAGAGCACUCGCGACCGACGUGCACGCCACACUGUACCCCUGGGGUGGAUCUGUACUAGACUACAUUUUGUACGAAAAUACAAGAAAAUCAAAACAAAACCUAGAUUUAAACACUUUGUUUUAGGAACAUAAAUCAAAUCGUAAAAUAGUUAAAUUAAACUAAAAUAUCUGCAUUGUUGUUAAAUUAAUAUUUUAGAAAUUCUGUGUCUUAAUUUAUCAUAUAAUGAUAAUUUAAAAACUCUUACAUUGUAAGUUUAACGAUCCACCUCUAGGGGCACAAGUAAUAAGAUCACCGCCGCUUUAUCAUUCAUCGUCAGCCUGUUUCUUAAAGGCAGUUUGAUAGAUUAAACGAAGCGAUGUCCUUCACUUAUUUCUAGACCAGCCUACAAGAUGUAUACUCAAAUAUAGCCUCGUCUUAAGCAUGUAUAAUAUAGCAUACACAAUUUAAUUAAUGUAUAAAUGAGUAUACAUCUUUUAAGCUCGUUCUGUAUUGUAUUAGACUCGAUGUCGCUUGCUUCUGUUACUAUAUAAUAGUAAACACAUUUUGUUAUUAAUUUUAUUCUUAUUACAUUUUUAUAAUUAUUGUUAUGAGACUUCAGUGAUACGUUUGUAUAGCAAACAUAUAAAUAUAUGAUAUGACACUAAAAGAAAUUAUACUAAGUCUAACUCCAAAAGUUUUCACUAAAUUAAUACAUUAUCAUGUUAUUUUAUUCAUUUGUAAUUAAAUAUUUAUUUCCUUAGAUCUUAGUAUAUCUCUCUAGUACAGUCGCGGUAAAAAUAUAAGAAAUAAAUAGAAUAUUCGUGCACGGGAAUGUUUCAGUGAAGUGUUGACGCGUUGGUUCCGUCGUGAACGUUUUAAAAGUAAAUUUUAUUGUAAUAAUAUAAUGCCACGGUUGUGAGAGAGGCCUAACAGUAGUUGGUACCAUACGCGAUUAUGUUCCGGUGACAUACUGCCUACUGUGUUCUUAGAAUACUCUGUGCAAUUUUAAACAUAAAUGUUAUUUCUACACUGUUAUUGUUUGUUAUCUGCCGUUUCGUGUUCCGUUCGUGGUUACUCAAAUAGCUAAGAGGGAUGUACAUCACUAUUUGACUCAAUUUUAUCUACUCCCCAUUUAGAGAAAGUAUCAUAACGUCAUCACAUAUUAACUAAAACAAAAAAUAUUUAUAAUUCCAAAGUGAUAAUCAAAUAAAUCAGUAUAGUAUGUUCGAUAUUUAUAGAUCCGUUUUCACUGUAUGUUUAUCGAGAAACCCCGAACGGAACAUCUGAGGCUUAGUAAGUAAUCGUUUACUUGAUGAUUGCUUGUUAAGCUGACAGUCAAGUUAGACAAUGAUAUAGACAAAGUUAUUUGAGCCUGCCUGUUGAAAAAUCCAUGCAAAAUCUCCCAUUUGAGUAUGAAGAAACCCCUUUAUUUCUCAACUGUUUUGUUCCUUUUAGAAAAAUGUCUCCGUCGAGUUAAUGAAUGUGUCAAUCGCAAAAAUAUGUCGGCCAUGAUUUUACAACAAAAAAACAUAGUCGACUACCCGCAAGUUGGAUCGAAAUAUGUACAUAUGCUUUUCGGCUCAUUUCUUUCAGUAGUUCAAGCAGAAACUUUUCCACUUGUAUUUUUUUAAUAUAAUAGGCAAGCUCAAAUAACGUCAUCUACGUAAAUUAUGUGUUCAAUACAAAUCUGUUUUUAUCUUAUGACUGCUGUUUAUAUCCGAAAACAUAUUAUUAUAGGAAUAUUUUUAAAAGAAUCAAAACGUUGACAUUUUAAGCACAUAGGUCGAUAUUACAUUUAUUUUGUAACUUUUAAUUAUUUUCUUGUUACGGGGCUUCGCUUGUUUUUAUCCUGAAAUCACUGUUAUAUAUUUUGUUGAGACAAUGAAUUUUUAUGUUCCAAGUUAUUUGUUUUAUGUUUUGUUGUAAUUGAAUUAAUUGCUCGAAAAUUUGUUUAGUUUUUGUGGGUAUUUUGUGCGUCGCAUUCAAUUUUAAUUUGUAAUGUAUCUGAAGUAUAAAUUUUAAACUGUUUAAUGUAUAAUACAUUUUUAACCAAUUAUCAAGUUAUAUUUAUGUUUCACAAGUCCCGCGAAGCUUCAGUAACAAGACUAGGCAACGACAACGCAACCGUUGUCAGAUAUAUGAAGUUGUAUUUAAACUGACUACUUACGGACUUAGCGUAGACAACGAUCGUUGUACAAUAGUUCAAUUUUAGACGAUUUCCGUUAAAUAAGUGCAAAUAUUUAUAAGAGUGGUGAGCUGAGAAAAGUUGCUUGCGAGACGCUGUAGCAAAUCCUGGUGUGUAUAUUCAAAUUCCUUUUAAAUAGUAUCAAAAUUCUUAUUGUAUAAUUUGUAUGCUAUUGUAAAGAACAGUAACGUAAUGUUCCAACUUUUCUCAGCUCACUAUACAAACCUAAACAAACGCGCCUCACGAAAAUAACUCAAUUGAGACAACAAAACAGAAUGUUCUACAUUCCGACUUAUAAGCAAUUGACUAGCCUCCUGUGUUCAAAUACUUCCUAAAACCAAUGUAACCUAGUAAUAAAAAACAAGCUUCCUUUGCCCGCGCUCGAUUUGUUAGAAAAAAGAAAACGUAAUGGGACCUGUAUCAUAAUGCGUGACUGAGUCAACACCAAAAUUUUUAUAUUAAAGAAAAAAAAUGUUAUUUAUUCCCGCGUAAAUAAGUGAGCGAGAAGUCUUGGGUUGAACGUAAAACGUUAGACUUUUCUCUCCGAUUGUACUGUAACGUGUAAGCUUUAAGUAUGCCAGAUGGAAAUCAGCACAAGUUUUUUUUUGUAUAGAAUAAUAGUUGUCGCUUAGGAAUGUGUUCGUCUAUUGUUAUAUGUGGGAGUGUUCUAUAUUGAAGAAAAUGAAAUUUAUUUAAAACGUUUGUUAGAGAAUGAAUUUAAAAAAUCACAACUAAAUCAUUAUUUUGUACAAUCAAGAACAAAAUUGCUAUCUAUGUUUUUUGUUUGUAAAGAAUACUCCAACAUGAGACAACUCCUAAGACCCAAAAGAUAUUAGUCCCGAUUCAUCGCUGUUAUCAAUGUUGUAUUAAACGGAUCGUAUAGUAGUAUAGUACAAUUUGGCAAGGCCACUGUUUUACAUUUUUGUAUAUUGAUAAUUUUUAGGAAGAAAUACGCUCCCAGUUCGAGCGUUGUCUAUAAGAAACUGGUUGAGAGUUGAGCCAGGUGUAACAUAGGGAAUACUGUAAUCACAAAUAAUUUUAUUUCAUUUAAAAUUAUAGUAGAUGCGUAGUAGUCAUUGUAUUUUCUAUUAUUUCUAACUUUAAUUUCAAAAUAAAUAAAUAAGUUUUAGUAAAAUAAUAUUCUAUUCAUUGAGCCACUUACCAAUGUACUGCCACAUACUAAAAUAUAAAAUGGAGUAACAUCAAGGCGAGAUCUCAACCAGUUAUGUAAUUUGAAUAAGCCAAUUUGCAGAUUGCUAGUGCCACCUCGCAGUUACGUAGUACCAUGUUUAGAUACAUAAUAUAUAUAUAUUGUAUAUUAUAUUAUACAUUUACUUUAUUCCACGUAGCGUAAGAAGUGUUGAGUUUAACAUAGGUGUAAGGAUAGACGGGUACAGAUGAUAGCGUUGUGUAGGCGAUUGGAUACAAACUCCUUUUAGAAUACGCUUGUGCCUACCACCUCCACAAGUCCAAACUCCAAACUAUAUGAAGAGUAGUGUUUGGGUAUUCGAUAAAGAUUUUUUAGCAAAUCCGCAAUGGGAUAUAAUCAGUUUCAUAUCUGAAUAUAUUACUUUAGUUUCUGUAUUUAAAAUGUCAAUAACGCUUUUGUGGAUUUCGUCGGUGUAUUCUAGAUUUAAUUAUAAUUUAACGUCCGAACAUGCCUUUUAUAAGACGUACAUAACAAGGUCACAAAGCAAGUGGACACGAAGAAUUCAUGUGUAUGCGAAGCAUAUUCUAAAAGGAGCUUUUGGCUACAUUUACAUUGGUGAGACUUGUAUUAUGCGACAUCGAAAGCUAGUGUGAAUGCGGCCUUAUUUUAAUAUAUUUAUAAUUAAAAAAAAUAUACAAAAUAAUUUACCAAACUCCGCGUGUUACGUCAUGACAAGAUGGAGUUGUUUUUUUUAAGUAAUCUAUACUAGUCCCAUUGCAAGUUAAACAGAUUUUUUGCAUAAAAAUGUUCCUGUAAACGGCGUAAAGGUUUUUUAUAAGGUUUAAAUAUAAGUUUAACUAUCGUAACGUCUAGAACAGUUUGUAUAAUAGUGGUUUAGUACCUGGGAAGAGUCGCCACGCUACGCCGCGAGCGCUUGCUGUGACGUCACGGGCGUCACUCGACAUCACACGAUGAGGCAAAUUCUGUUGUUUUGGAAUGGAAAAAUAUUAUAUUUUUUUACAAAUGGUGCUACCGUUUUGUGUUGUAGUCGAUGAUAGCUUAGCCGCCGAACUCUGCGGCGUGACGUCAUGCGUGCCGCGUCAGACGCGGUCGGCGCUCGCCGCACAUAGCUUUUGUAACCGCUGUCGCCGCUUGUACCGCGACCUGGCUUCACCGCCGCCAACAUUCUGAAUGUUCGCGUCGCCCAGUGCGUCCGCCACGCGCACUGUGCUCUGUAGGCACGUUAGAAUCCAGCUCGCAGUCACAAGUCUGUGCACUUUAAAAGUAUCACAAUGUCAAUCGUGUUUAUAACUCGUUGAUCGAUGCGUGCCACUCGGUCGGCGUGUCCGCCGUUAAAUUAUAUUUAAAAAAUCUAAAUCUAAUUUCUUUGGUACAUUAAAAUUUUGUUUACUUUCAUAUUAUUGUAAAUAAAAAAAUAAAAGCUUUGGAUUUGCGCA